GUUCAUUGUACUCGCUGCACUGGGUCUUAAGCAAGGGCAGGCAGUGCAAGAAUCGGACAAGUUUAAUAAGAGCGGGAGUUAUAAAAAAACCGAAACAGCAAUAAUUCAAAGAGAUGCAGCAGGGAAUAUCAUCAUGGAUAAAAAUGGAAAUAUUACUUGUAUUUCUGAAGGAGGGCUAGAAUGCUAGAUAGAAUGAUAGAAUUGUUUGAUUCAAGCAAUCAGAACAAACAUUCCAGUCUUUUUCCAUUGACCAAUGGACACUUAUCAAACUGUGAUUCUACUAAUGUGCAUUCGACAAUAACUAUUUGGUACUUAACACGGAUAAUCGUCGCAAGCAGUAUCGUCAAUUAAUGAAGAUAAGCACGAAAACUAAUCGGCAUAAAAUUUAUAUAUUAAAUAAACUUUGAAGCAAACUUUGCAACAAAGUUGGAAUACAGUUGCUGCUGGUUAAAGUGAAAUGUCAAAUAUUUCAUAGAAAUGCAACUAUAACCUCUAUAACUUUGUUGUAUAUUUGAAUAAAAUCACCAGAGAUAGGAUUAGUUGCAUGUACAAAUAUCUUUAUUAAGCAAUCAGAAUGGAUCAGAUGCUUCCUAGUCCUGGUUUUAGCAUACCUAGUAUUGGUACGCCUCUGCAUCAACCAGAGGAGGAUCAACAAAUUUUACCAAAUGCCAUACAGCAGCAACAGUCGCAACAGUAUCAGCAACUGCAGCAAUUGCACUCAAUGAGUCCUAAUAUGCAAAGCGGCAUGUUAAUGAUAACAACACCGCAAAAGAAUAUGCACACAUAUGCUCCAACUCCGACAUUUGCGACGCCGCAAAGUCUUAUGCAGCCGCAAACACCGCAAAAUAUGAUGUCUCCGAUAGUACCACAAAGUAAUCAGAUAGCACCGCCAUCAAUUGGUCCUGCAACCCCAGGACCAAUGACACCAAUGACACCAGCUUCUGCAGAUCCUGGAAUAUUACCACAAUUACAGAAUAUCGUGUCUACUGUCAACUUAAAUUGCAAGCUUGAUUUGAAGAAAAUAGCGCUUCAUGCUAGAAAUGCUGAAUACAAUCCCAAAAGGUUUGCGGCUGUUAUCAUGCGAAUAAGAGAACCAAGGACGACUGCAUUAAUAUUCAGUAGUGGCAAAAUGGUUUGCACUGGGGCCAAAAGCGAGGGAGAUUCGCGCCUCGCUGCGAGAAAAUAUGCGAGAAUUAUCCAAAAAUUAGGUUUUCCUGCAAAGUUCCUAGAUUUUAAGAUUCAAAACAUGGUUGGCAGCUGUGAUGUUAAAUUUCCAAUUAGAUUAGAAGGUUUAGUGCUUUCUCAUGGACAGUUCUCGUCAUAUGAACCAGAGCUAUUUCCAGGAUUGAUAUACAGGAUGGUUAAGCCUCGAAUCGUAUUGCUUAUAUUCGUUUCAGGGAAAGUGGUAUUAACAGGUGCAAAAAUUCGCAAGGAAAUUUAUGAAGCCUUUGACAACAUUUAUCCAAUUCUCAAGAGUUUUAAGAAACAGUGAUAAAUUCAUAUAAUGCUGAUUUAUUUGCAUGACUGAUUUUAUUUGUUUUUUUUUUUUUUUUUAAUAUAAAAUUACAUACAGAAGAGCAAAUUAAUAUUAUUGUUAAAUUAUAGUUUUUGUUAACUUUUUCUAAUUUACAUUAAUUUAAUAGAAUAUCCUAAAGUCGUUGGACGUUCUUACUGCAGACGUUUAAAAUAGAUCUCUUCAUGAAACUUAUUAAUAAAAUUUUUUUUUAUUUUGACAUUUUCGAAUAAUUUGGCAAUUAAAGAUAAAGAAUUUCUAUGACGAAUGAAGCUUAAAAAAAAAGAUUAGAAAAUAUUUUGUAGUUAGUAAAAUUUUUUGGAUUUUCAUAAAUUUUCUAUUUGAAUUUUAGCUUAAAAAAUAUAAUAUUAAAGAUGAAUAAUUAUAAAUAUCAAUAUUUUUUGUAAAUGUCGAUAUUCUCGUUAAGAAAGGAUGGUUUCUGCAAUAUGACAAAAAAUUGUAAUUUUUUCUUAUAAUUUUGGACCAUAAUGCAAAACCCCCCUAAUGCAUACUGAAAAUUAAUUAGAUUGUAAUGUCUUUAUUUCUAGAUUUGUCUCUAUUUGAUAAUGUCUCUAUUUCUAGAUUGACGUUAUACAGCUAAAGAAACCGCGAUUAAAUAGCAUCUAUUGCUUUUAAAAUAUAUAAUUAUAAUAAUUUAAUACAUGAAUUAUACACACAAUAUAGUUUAUAAAAUAUUUAUUUUUAUUUUUUUCAAUACUUGAAAAAUAAACAGUAUCAAAGAAAGAGUAUAAUUUGUAUAAUGUUGGAAUAAUUCUUCUUACAUUUUUCAUAUCGAAAUAAUUUAUUUUAGUCAAUUGAUAUUCAUAGACAUUCUAAAAAUACAUCAGAUAAGAACAUGUAAAUUUCGUAAUAGAUUCAAUUCCGAUUUUCCUGUAACUUCUAAACUUUCUGUUUUUCUUUUCUGUAUAUAUAAUAUACAUAAUAGAGAGUGCAUAAUUUUGUAUUUAUAUAUAAAAUAGUCUCUUUUAGAGUAACAUACAUACAGUGCCUCGAUUAAGAUUGUAUGAGAGAAAUAAUGUUUCCCAAUUAUAAGAUCGAAUUUACCUUGAUUAUAAUAUUGUAACUUUUUUCUUGCAAUUAUUCAGAAACUUUGUGUACUGAGAAUCAAUUUCACUUUAUCAAUUUCGACUCUUAACAGAUUACUUAUUAUUUUCUAUUACACAAUAAAGGAUAUUGCUUUAAUUAAAAAGGAAAAAUAUGAAAAAUGUUAUAUGUAUAAAAUGAUUUAUCAUUGCCAAAUAUAAAUCUUUUUUUAAUUUUAUAUUUUUAAAUAAAAUCACCAAUAGAGACAUCAAAACUUAAUAAGAGGUCAACACUUAAAUUUUUUAUUUAUUGUUUCACACAUUGCCACUUAUUAAAAUUAAUUCAAUAUACAAAUAUUUUUUUAGUUUGAAUAACAUUAUUAUUAUAUCUUAGGUUUUCACUGUUUUCUGAUCAAAACCAUUUUUUUAUUCUAUAUUAUAUUUGUUACAUUGUUAUUGUAGAAAUUCUUAAAUAUAAAACUUAAUUUUUUUUAAUCAUAGAAUUAUAUAGCAACAAGCUUGAAAAAAAUAAUAUUAGGUAUUUGUGCAUUAUAUUCAAUCUGGAACUCUGAUAUUUUUGUAAGUCCAUUUUAAAUAAAGUUGCGCAAUGUAUAUAUAGUAUAAGAGUAAAAAAUUAUAACUGGUUUUCCAAUAUUAGCUAAUUUGUAUGCAAUAACUCAUACUAUUGUAUCAGAACACACAUUAUUUGCUGCACAGAUACAUAUUUCUAUUUAAUUGUAAUAAAGUUAUGUAAAAUAAAAAUAAUUAUUUAUUUUUUGAUAAAUAUAAAAUAUUCGAUAAUAUACAAGAUAAAAUAUAAAAUAAGAUACUAGAAUGUCUACAAAAUGUGCAAAUAUUUUGCAAAAGUUCAAAAUUGGCUUAAUAUUAUAUAAAAUUUAUAUAAUAUUGAAAAUUGAAAAGUAUUAGUUUUUCAAAAGCAUGUACAGAAAAAAAACAAUUUUUUUAAUUAACUUUUGAGUAUUUUAAAUCGUGGACAUGUAGAAAAUAAAUUUGUAAGAAAGUCAAUAUACAUAAUAAUAACGUUUGUCUGAUGUUUUACUCAGAAUCAGUUUUGCAUUAUGAUUUAAAUUUUAAAUACUUGGUAAUAAAUAAAUAAAUCUCAUUAUCAUAUAUACUUAUACUAUAUAAUUAGUUACUCA